AUGGCGCCGAGUCGACGACGGAGCGCGACGGCUCAGAAAAAAACGACGACGAUGCCUUCGAAAAGAGGCGAACAGGCGGAAAAAGGACAACAACGGGAGGAAAAUUCGACGGAGCAAGAAUUUGAAUCCGAGUUGUCCGGCGCGUUCAGCUUGCUCUCCGUGGAAGGGUCGCCGAGUAAAGUGAGAACUUCGGAUUUAGGAAAACUGUUGUUAGCGAUUGGUGCCGGGGAAAUCGCGGAAAUGAAACCGCUCGAAAGCAUCGUGGACAUAAAUCACAGCGGAUUCUUUACCCGAGAAAAAGUGCGUCUAAAAGGCUCUUUCGUGGUCGAAAAUCGUUCGUUUGGAAUUCAGUUUUUCUUAACGCGCGCGCGCAUCAGAGCGACGAUGCGAACCACGCAUGUGCACGCACUCGACGAAAUCGUGUUAUGUGUUUAUAGUAUUAUGCGAAACUGA